UGGUGAAAACAUGAACUCCAAGAUGGCGUCGUUAUUUCUAAAUAUGUUAAUUAUUUUUAAAUAUUGCAUAUAAUCAUGAAACUUUUAUAAAAUAUGAGAACCCUCAACGUAAUGCCGAAGUGAAUAAUCGACACUCUCAGCCAAUCAAACCUUGCGUAACAUCGGCGUUCUGGGGAAGUGGAAAAAUCUUUGAAAUUUCAUACCCCUGUGCUAAUACAUUAACGAUAAUUCAUUACGGUGAUUUAUUUCUCAAUUCAUGCGAAGUAAUACGAUACACUAACGGAGGAGGCUACACGAUACAUGAAGUAGUUGUAGGAUUUUCAGUGAUCGGCAGUAUUUUAUCGACUUCAAGGCAGUAUUAUAGAAAACCAUUAUAUUGAAUUCCAAAGCUAUAAUUGCUACUACUGGAAUACUGGAACAGAUUCGAUCGAUUUAUAGAAGCCAUUUAUAGAACUUCCUUGCUCGCGUCAAUGGAGGUUACACACAAGUUACAAAUUAUCACCCUCGCUUUUGCCUUGUCAUCACUUUCGGACAUUGUGAUGGGACAAGAUUUCACAGAAGCCCGUAAAGCUGUUAUGGGCGCUUUGCCUAACAUAAACUACGAGACAUUUUGCAGUGAAAAAUCCGCAGGGGGUGAUAAACUUGCUUGUCGAAUAAAAUCUGUACCAACAGUUGGGUUUUUAGUUUGCAAAAUGCCGGAGAUAGAAGAGGUGGCGUGUAAAGUCAUUAUUGAUCAAGAAUUGAAAAACCUUAAAGAAGUCCAAGCUGGUGGUGUUAAAACCGUUAAGGUGUCUCCGCCCUCUAUCUCAAAGGCCACUUGCGGAGUAGCGAAAACCGACAACUGUACUGGGUUUUUAGAGGGAUGGAUAUCUAAAGAGGUGGGACAAUUCCAACAUCUUCGUGAUCGUAUCGAUGCCAAAGAAAUAAACAAAACGAUAACUGAUGUACGAAAAUACACGACAGGUUCGCUAAACGUUACCGUCGCAGAUCUCACUUCUAUUAAAAAGUUCAUGGAAGUUAACCCGACACAAAACAAGUACAGACAAAUUUGUGACUUGCAAGGAUUUUUCUUAAAGGAAGGCGGUUUUCUUGUCAAUGAUGUCCCAAGUGUUAAAGACUUGGGAAAAAGCGAUCGAUGUUUUGAUGAAGAGCCAACAACCGCUGAGGUCCUUGACGCUUUGGAUAAAAUGAUUGAUGCUUUUAACGAGGAUCACGGGACACGCUCUAAUGCGGUUUCUAUUAUGUCCGUUUGCCGCGGGUCCUUCAUCUGUUUGGGUUUAUUAUUUUCACUACUUCUAUCGCUAUUCUUGACUGAUAAAAACUGUCUCGAUUAAAACCUCUAGAUAUGGUAUCAAAUUUGAUAGUUAAAUAGUAGCGUUCGUAUUACUCGCUAUAAAUAUGUUUUAGGCUUUAGCUUUCUUUUAGAAUAGAUAUUUCUUUAUUUUGUAUUCAACGGGUUUUUUUUUCAGCAAGCGACGUCAUGAGCCGUCUUUAAACUUCGGGCCUUACAGAAUUCGGCAGGAGCUUGACAAGAAAAUCUAGGACUAUAAUCUGUAAGUCUUCAUAUCAAAGUUUAUAUCAAGGUUGUGUAAGUAGGCAAAGUUGUUAAUCGUAUUUGCCUCGUACCCAGUCGCUUCAAUACUAAAAUAUAUAGAGGUCAAUAACUGAAUGCAACGUUAUAUAUUUUAAAUUGCAAAUGAUAAUUAUGAAAUAUACGGCGGGAUAUGACCGUUAGGCGCGUUACUCUUCCACCUCACCUCUUCACUAUCUUUAUGAUAUAUACUUAAAUUCAAUGUUGUAAUUUCUAAGAAAAAUUACUCAAGACUCAAGUUGAGCAAGCAA